AACAAUCGACCAACCACCGAGAUGCUAUUCCCUCCCAGUCGACGGCAACACCGAAUGGUGCCUGAGGCGGCGAGGCGCAGCGCAGCCUGCGGGGACUGCUGCUGCACGUCACUCCCGAGGUGGCGCUGAGUUGUCGCUAGCGCGCGCUGGAGAGAGUGCCACUGCGAGGCCGCAAAGCGCAGAAGAUGCGAUCAUAGGACGAGGCAUUUCCUGGGUCACCGGUCGACAGAAACAGUCACAUGCCGCCGUCGCAUCGUCUGCCACUAUUUCCAUCCAUUUCCCUCGACGACGAAACUAGUCUCUCGUCUACCAGACGUGGCGAGCCAUCGACCGAGUCCCGCAUUCAAUCUCCACUCCAUCUUUCCUCCCACCACAUCCUCUCUUCUCUCAAUCUCCUGUCACCUUGAAAAGACGUUGACCGGCAGGACAACAAUCGCAUAGCGCGCAGUAUGGCUGCAGCAGACUACUUCCAACCUGGCGGGGGCUCGUCCUACUUGCAGCCUGGCCCACCGAACCAGAACAACGCAUCCAUGCCGCAAAACCCUCCCUACCCUCUGUCAGACGCUCCACCUCCCUACAGUGCGUUCGCAGAUGCGCGACCCCACUCACAACCACCUCCACAACAGCGACCGCCCAAUCCAGCGGACGACAUCUAUCGGCCAGCACCGCCUCCAGCGAACGCCUAUCCGCCCGAGAAGAGUUCGAGACCGCCGCAUCAGAUCAACGAUUAUUACCACUAUCAGCAACAGCAACAGCAGUCUGGCUACACGCCGCAGCAGCCCUACCAGCAACAGCAAGGUUACUUCCCUGCAGCAAGCGGGUCAGGUGCGCAGCAAAUCUAUCGAGACGAUCGUAAGCCCUCGACGACUCCCGGGUACAAGCCGUCGCAUUCUCCAUAUCGUGAGAGUGAGCGCGAGCGCGAGCGUGACCGCAGUCGCAGCAGGAGCCGGAGUAGGAGCAGAGAUCGACAUCGAAAACAUCAUGGCCGGCCUCAGCCUACAAAGAAGAAGUCGUCCGGUGUCAAUACAUUCCUCGGGGCUGGAGGAGGAGCACUGAUUGGCGAUGCCAUUUUCCCUGGUCUAGGCACACUCGGUGGUGCACUGCUAGGUGGUAUCGGCGGGCACGAAUAUGGAAAGAAACGAGCAUCGAGCAAUCCGAACCAGAGACGGCAUAGGUCAUACAGCAACGACUUCGAUUACGGACACUACAAUUUACGAGAGGACGAUUACAAUAGGCGUGGCCGAAAAUAUUGAUGGGAUUAUUGAUGAUGUUCAAAUAUGCAACGCUGGUCGUUGGUGGGGUUCAUGACACGAUUAGACAGUUCUUAUGAGAUAUGUAGUUAUGAUGAGACGAUGGGCUUAUAGAGCAUAGUUCAUCCUAUUAAAGAGAGGACAAAUUUGUUCACCCGGC